AAUAUGUUUUUUCCAGGCUUAGACUGGAGGUCCAUCUGGACACUGACCAGUGGUCAUGAGCCCGUUGAUGAGUUCGUGGAGCCGUAUGUGGCCUCUCUACUUUUCUUCAGCAUCAACAUGGUGACGGGUAUAAUCCUGAGGGCCCUUUCGUCGGCCUUCCUCCCCACGUCCCUACGGGGGUUUGUCAUGGACUUCAUCUCCACCAUGGAGGCAUGCUCCUACUUCUUUGAGAACAACUUUGUCUUGAAGGUAAGUAGACAUUGUGUAUUGAGGGUAAGUAGACAUUGUGUAUUAAAAGUAAGUAGACAUUGUGUAUUUAAGGUAAGUAGACAUUGUGUAUUGAAGGUAAUUAGACGUUGUGUAUUAGGGUAAGUAGACAUUGUGUAUUAAAGAUAAGUAGACAUUGUGUAUUUAAGGUAAGUAGACAUUGUAUUUUGAAGGUAACUCAUGUCGACAUUGGAUAUUGAAGCCAAGUCAAGUCGACAUGGGGUUUUGAAGGUAACUCAAGUAGACAUCACGUUAUGAAGGCAUCUCAGGUCGAAAUUGGAUGACAUUCCAUUUUUUUUUUGCAGAUGAUAUCUAAAUAUAGUUUUAUUGUGACGAAAAAAUUUGAUUACAAGGUCUUUAACGCAGUUCGGCUUAAAAUAGCCUAACUGAUUAAUUAUUUACAACGCAAUCCAAAUAUCGAUCCAGAAUCCUCUGUGAUUCCGAUGGUGGUGAAGACGCCUCCUUUGUAUUUCCAGUACUACGGAAGCCUGUGGUUUGCCAUCGCCAUCGUCUGCCAGUGUUUCGUGUGUGCCAGAACUUUUGGCGACACCAGCGAGAACCCGGUCAAGGCGCUGCACCAGCUGGUGGCCAAGGAGAUCAACGUGCAGACGGCGCUGCUGAAGAUCCUGGUUCAGUCCCUCGCUGGCCUGGCGUCCUACCGCCUCGCCCAACUCAUCUGGUCACUCGACCUCAUCGCUGACCACCAUGAGGUGAGUAAAGCGGGAUGGGGGGAGGGUGAGGCGUUAAUCCAACAUCUUCAAACAAUGGCUGUCACACCUUGGGAAAUAUACCAAGAUCUUGGGAAUUCACUACCCCAUUCAGGACCAAAACUCACUUUUUUUUUUUAAUUCCCAAGAUCCUUUAAUUUAAAAAAAAAACUCUUAUAAAUUUUCAUGAUCUUGGGAAAUCUUGGGAAAUGUUUUGCCUAAAUCUUGGGAAUUUCAAAAAAUUGAGUGGCAGUCCUGCUUCAAAUAUGAAAAUAGCUUGUUAAGUGUUAUUUGACAUUGCUUGACAAAAAUUUGAACCAAUAAUAUUAAUUUUCUCCUUAAAUAAACAUUGAUACAAAUAAAAUGCUUAACUUUGGUAUACAGCUUUAUCGUACCAUGUCCCUCUGCGUAUUUAUUUAUAAACAUAAUGUUGCUAUAUCACAUCGUGCAUUCACAUAUGUCUGUUGAUGUCUUACAAUUACUCUAAGGCACGCCUGUUUAUGUCUUACGUUUGCCCUAAGACAUGUCUGUUGAAGUCUUCCAUUUGCCCUAAGACCUAUCUGUUGAUGUCUUCCAUUUGCCCUAAGACAUGUCUGUUGAUGCCUUACGAUUGCCCUAAGACAUGUCUGUUGAUGUCUUCUAUUUGCCCUAAGAAAUGUCUGUUGAUGUCUUCCAUUUGCCUAAGACAUAUCUGUUGAUGUCUUCCAUUUGCCCUAAGACAUGUCUGUUGCUGUCUUCCAUUUGCCCUAAGACAUGUCUGUUGAUGUCUUCCAUUUGCCCUAAGACAUGUCUGUUGCUGUCUUCCAUUUGCCCUAAGACAUGUCUGUUGAUGCCUAUGCAUUGUGUGAAACUUCACACAAUGCAUAGCCUAUCAGCCACUGACCAUCUACUAACGUGAAACCUCACACAAUGCAUAGGUCAAUCAUCCACUGACCAUCUACUAACGUGAAACCUCACACAAUGCAUAGGCCUAUCAUCCACUGACCAUCUACUAACGUGAAACCUCACACAAUGCAUAGGCCUAUCAGCCACUGACCAUCUACUAACGUGAAACGUCACACAAUGCAUAGGCCUAUCAGCCACUGACCAUCUACUAACGUGAAACUUCACACAAUGCAUAGGCCUAUCAGCCACUGACCAUCUACUAACGUGAAACUUCACACAAUGCAUAGGCCAAUCAGCCAGUGACCAUCUACUAACGGGAAACUUCACACAAUGCAUAGGCCAAUCAGCCACUGACCAUCUACUGACGUGAAACCUCACACAAUGCCUAGGCCUGUCAUCCACUGACCAUCCACUAACGUGAAACUUCACACAAUGCAUAGGCCUAUCAACCACUGACCAUCUACUAACGUGAAACAUCACACAAUGCCCAGGCCCAUCAGCCACUGACCAUCUACUGACGUGAAACUUCACACAAUGCCUAGGCCUAACAUCCACUGACCAUCUACUAACGUGAAACUUCACACAAUGCAUAGGCCUAUCAGCCACUGACCAUCUACUAACGUGAAACUUCACACAAUGCAUAGGCCUAUCAGCCACUGACCAUCUACUAACGUGAAACUUCACACAAUGCAUAGGCCUAUCAUCCACUGACCAUCUACUAACGUGAAACUUCACACAAUGCAUAGGCCAAUCAGCCAGUGACCAUCUACUAACGGGAAACUUCACACAAGGCAUAGGCCUAUCAGCCACUGACCAUCUGCUGACGUGAAACUUCACACAAUGCCUAGGCCUAACAUCCACUGACCAUCUGCUGACGUGAAUUUUCACACAAUACAUUUGAUGAUGAUUGAGUACUUUUAUAGAGCAUGUCUCCAUGAUAUUUUAGCAUGCUGACAGCGCUCUGAUGUCCUGAAAUCUAUUAAAAGAAAAAGUCUUUAAAUGGUUCUUAAUGACGUUUUUAUCAUUUUCAAUGUCCCUAAAAGAUGGAGGCAAGCUGUUUCACAAUUUAGGCGCAAUAGCUUCCAAAGAGCGCACCCCGUAUGAAUUCUGUCUGUGUCCAUCCACACUGGGAACUCUCAGUAAGGCCAUUUUGAAACAUUAAACUCAAACUCACUCUAAGUGAUUAGUUCACUUUUGACUUGGCAAAAUACAGUUCUUGAUGAUGGCAAUACAGUACCAAGUGGGAGCUUUCACUGAUGCGGGAAUAAAUAAGUGUCACAGAUACCCCAUAAACAACAACUCCGCUAUUCACAAAGCCCGCCAAAACAAUAAAAAACACCCCCCCCCCAAAAUCACAACUCUCCAAACCACAAACACUCCAAACCACAAACUCUCCAAACCACAAACUCUCCAAACCACAAACUCUCCAAACCACAAACUCUCCAAACCACAAACUCUUCAAACCAGAAACUAUCCAAACCAAACCUCUCCAAACCGCAAACUCUCCAAACCACAAACUCUCCAAACCACAAACUCUCCAAACCACAACGCCAACCAAAAGAACAACAGCAACACAACCCCUUCUUUCAACGUGUUGGACCAAUCACAGUUACUCACAUGGCUUCCUUCCCUUCUCGCAUAGCGCACCUUCUCUAGAAACUUCUUUUAUUAUUUUUUAAUCCCUUUAUUUCAGCGCUAUUACGAAACCGCCUGUGAAAGUGACCUUCAUGUGACCUUGUUAAUAGGAUUUUUAAUCGAGCUAUGCGCCUGCCUAUCGGACACGUGGCUGGGAAUGCAGACUGUCUCAUCAGUCCCCCUUCUGGACGAGCUCAUCAAAUACAUAAAUGGUGCUACCAUGAUUGCCCUUGGUGAGUUACUCCUUUGUGGUCAUAACCACUGGUAUGUUAUGCUUGUGUGGGUCAUAAUAUCUGGUAAUUUAUGUUUUUGUGAGUCAUAAUCUCUGGUAAGUUAUGUUUUUGUGGGUCAUAAUCUCUGGUAAGUUAUGUUUUUGUGGGUCAUAAUCUCUGAUAAGUUAUGUUUUUGUGGGUCAUAAUCUCUGGUAAGUUAUGAUUUUGUGGGUCAUAAUCUCUGGUAAGUUAUGUUUUUGUGGGUCAUAAUCUCUGGUAAGUUAUGUUUUUGUGGGUCAUAAUCCCUGGUAAGUUAUGUUUUUGUGGGUCAUAAUCUCUGGUAGGUUAUGUUUUUGUGGGUCAUGAUCUCUGGUACGAUAUGCUUUUGUGGGUCAUAACUCUAGUAAAUAGGGUUUUAUGGGUAAAAACUCUAGGUAAGAUAGGGUUUUACAUGUGAUAACUCUAGGUAAAGAUGGUGUUUAAUGGGAAGUAACUCUAUGCUAGAAGAAGUUUAUGGGUUAAUACUCUAGGUCAGAUGAGGUUUACGGUUGAUAACUCUGUCGAUAUCGCUCAGUCAUAUGACUAGCCAUUAUGUAGCAAUUUUGUUUUCAAAACUGUUCGUUUCUCUUUGUUGUUCACUUUUGAAAUAUUAAAAGUCACUUUCUAAGAAAAGUAUAAUGCACUUUGAAACUACUUGGGGUCAGGAGGUUAAAUCAAAGUGAAUCUUUCUUGUGGAUGUGAGAGUUAAUCAAAGUGAUUCUUUUUGGGGAUGUGAGAGUUAAUCAAAGUGAUUCUUUUUGGGGAUGUGAGAGUUAAUCAAAGUGAAUCUUUUUGGGGAUGUGAGAGUUAAUAAAAGUGAAUCUUUUUGUGGAUGUGAGAGUGAAUCAAAGUGAACCUUUUUGGGGAUGUAAGAGUUAAUCAAAGUGAACCUUUUUGGGGAUGUGAGAGUUAAUCAAAGUGAACAUUUUUUGGGGAUGUGAGAGUUAAUCAAAGUGAAUCUUUUUGGGGAUGUGAGAGUUAAUCAAAGUGAAUCUUUUUGGGGAUGUGAGAGUUAAUCAAAGUGAACCUUUUUGGGGAUGUGAGAGUUAAUCAAAGUGAACCUUUUUGGGGAUGUGAAAGUUAAUCAAAGUGAACCUUUUUUUGGGAUGUGAGAGUUAAUCAAAGUGAACCUUUCUUGGGGAUAUGAGAGUUAAUCAAAGUGAACCUUUCUUGGGGAUGUGAGAGUUAAUCAAAGUGAAUCUUUUUUGGGGAUAUGAGAGUUAAUCAAAGUGAACCUUUCUUGGGGAUGUGAGAGUUAAUCAAAGUGAAUCUUUUUGGGGAAUAGAGAGUUAAUCAAAGUGAACCUUUCUUGGGGAUGUGAGAGUUAAUCAAAGUGAAUCCUUUUGGGGAUGUUAGAGUUAAUCAAAGUGAAUCCUUUUGGGGAUGUGAGAGUUAAUCAAAGUGAAACUUUUUGGGGAUGUGAGAGUUAAUCAAAGUGAACCUUUCUUGGGGAUGUGAGAGUUAAUCAAAGUUAACCUUUUUGGGGAUGUGAGAGUUAAUCAAAGUGAAUCUUUUUGUGGAUGUGAGAGUUAAUCAAAGUGAAUCUUUUUUGUGGAUGUGAGAGUUAAUCAAAGUUAAACUUUGUUAAGGAUGUGAGAGCUAAUGAAAGUGAACCUUUGUUGGAGAUGUGAGAGUUAAUCAGUGUCAGAACAUUAGAGAGCAAAAUCGUAAGGGUUGCAGAGUGUAGAAAUGGGAGCGAAACGACCAAUUUAAAGAAAUAAGACUAGAAGGUGCCCACUUACUUGGUAGUUUUGAUGGAUACAAUUUUAAGACUGUCAUGUGUGUAGUCUGAUGAUAGGCUAAGUGGGGAAAAUUAACAAUAAGUCUUAGUAUAAGAGAUCCAAUAAAAACACAAAUGUCUUAAUACAAGAGAUACAAUAAAAAAUGUGUGAAAGUAUUAUUUAAAGAGAUACACCUAAAACAACAAGUCUUAUGAUAAGAGUUACCCUAAUCCGGAUUUUUAAAACAGAUUUUCUGUUAUAAAUGCUCCCUUGCUUAAAAAACAGUGUAAUGAAAUAAGACGUCUAAAUCCACUAAAACUAUAAAUAUAAUGAACAGCUUGGAAGAAAAUAAUUGUACAAAAAAAGUAAGGAGCUUCUUGAAUUUUUAUUUUUGUUUAAAUCAUCUAAUUUUUUGUAGGCGUGAGCACCACUGGUAUGUACUUCAAUCCAGCCAUGGCCAGUGGACACACCCUGGGCUGUCACGGGACAGCGCUGAGCGAGCAUUUUGUGGUCUACUGGGCCGGACCAUUCGUUGGGUGCUUCGUGGCCCUGCAGAUGAAUAAACUUAUACAUAUUGACGUCACGGCAAGCAAGGGCGGAGACCCGCAAACGAUAGACAAGAAGCACAAAUAGCGCAGUCUUGCACUCUCAGCAAUAGACCAUUCGCGUCUUUUUGGCAACACCCAUAAAUUAGUACUUCAAGCCUCUUACUUUGUGUACUGUUUCUGUAAUUAGCAGCAGUUGAAUCAGAGAUGGGGCUAAAGGGCGUGGGUCCCCUACCCGUUUCCACCUCCCCAACCCCAUUUUAACCCCCGAGGAAACAAUUUUAAGGCUUCUUCAAAGGGCGUGCCUCGAUGAGAGUGUUCCCCACCCACGGGCUGCCCGCCUGACUCCAUGAGAGAGUCCCCUACCCACGGGCUGCCCGAGCAGUUGUUUCCUCGUUUAGACAGUUACAAAUAAUGUCUCUCGUCUCUAUCCGUUAUAGUAUAAUCCAUUCCCACACUAUUGAUGAAUGAACAAUUUUUACUCUACAACAUUUCGUUUUAAUUUGUGCAGUUUAGAACUCGGAACGGAAUCAAUAAAAUAUUUUAACAUUUUAACCUUGAUUGUAUUCAAAGGGUUUGUAUUAUAAGGUAAAAUAUUAAAAUGGAACGUAUGGAAUGGAAUGUAAUAAAAUGAAAUGUGCUAAACUGGUAUGUAAUAACAAAAAAUUCUAUGAAAUAAAAUAUAAUUUAUUAAAAUCGAUUGAGUUCAAUUGAAAUUCUUAAAGUAGAUAUGUUUUAAACUGGGAUGUAAUCAAAAGAAAUUUGUAAAACUUGUAAAACUGUAAGGAUUAAAAUAUUUGAAUAAACG